AUGGCCACUAACAAAUCUAGUGUCUCCACGAGAGCAACUGCAAAUCGACUUCUUAACAUGCAAAGAAUGCAAAAUGUCCUCCUCAUUUGGUUGGACAACAAUAUUAAUGAAAAUAAUGCUGAUUGUAGCAAUACAAUCAAACAACUGAAACGUGUAGUUAACAACGUAAACACGUUCACAAAUGGUGAAGAAUGUGUCGAAUUUAUUCAAACCAUUAACAACAACAAAGUAUGUAUGAUUGUUUCUGGUUCACUUGGACAACAGACUGUGCCUCAUGUGCAUAAUAUGUCUCAAGUAGAUACCAUUUUUAUUUUUUGUAACAAUCAAGAAUGCCAUAUACAAUGGGCAAAAGAAUGGCCUAAAAUAAAAGGAGUCUUCACAGAUAUGACAUUAAUCUGUGAUGCUCUCAAGCCAGCUGCUCACCAAUGUGAGCAAAAUGCCACAUCAAUCAGCUUUGUGGCAUCAAACAAGAAAUUGGAUCAAUUAGAUCCAACCUUUAUAUAUACUCAGAUAUUGAAAGAGAUCUUAUUAACUAUUAACUUCGAAGACAAACAUUUUAAAGAAUUUAUUAGUUACUGUCGUGAAGUAUAUAAAGAUGAUGAGAAUGAAUUAAAAAAUGUUAAUCAAUUACAAACAACAUACAAAAACAACAUACCCAUAUGGUGGUAUACAUGGGAUGCAUUCUUAUAUCGUAUGCUCAAUCAAACGCUAAGAUUAAUGGAUGUUGAUAUGAUUAUUCGCAUGGGUUUCUUUAUCAAGGAUCUACACUGUGAUAUUCAACGACUACAUUCGGAACAAUUUGAUGAUCAUCCACCAGGUGAAACAGUUAUACUCUAUCGUGGACAAGGUCUUUCAAAAGAAAAUUUCACCGAAAUGACAAAAACAAAAGGUGGACUUCUUUCAUUUAGUAACUUUUUAUCAACUAGUAAAAAUCGAGAUGUUUCUCUUAACUUUGCACAACAAACUGCUACAAAUCCUGAUCUUAUUGGAAUUCUGUUUGUUAUGUCAAUUAAUACUGCGCGCUCAACAACUCCAUUUGCUUCUAUUACAGAUGUUAGUUAUUUUCAUACAGAAGAUGAAGUUCUCUUUUCUAUGCAUACCAUUUUUCGCAUUGGAGACAUUAAACCAAUGGAUGGAAACAACCAUCUCUAUCAAGUGAAUUUGACAUUGAUCAGUGAUAACGAUCAAGAUCUUCGAACUCUUACUGAUCGUAUACGGCAGGAGACCUUUCCAGAUAGCGAAGGAUGGUUCAGAUUAGGUAAAUUGCUAUUUAAAAUGGGUCAGUUUAAUAAGGCUCAAGAAGUUUACGAAAUUUCACUUCAUCGAACAACGGAUGAAAGUAACAAGGCCUAUAUUUACCACCUAUUAGGUAUGAUCAAAAAUGAUCAAGGAGAAUAUCAAGACGCACUGACAUAUUAUGAAAAAUCACGUGAUAUCUAUGAAAAAACACUUCCUUCCAAUGAUAUUAAUUUGGGCAAUAUCUAUAACGACAUCGGUGUGGUGUAUGAAGAUCUAGGUGAUUAUCCGAAAGCACUCUCCUCUCAUGAAAAAGCUCUUGCAAUCAAACAACAAUCACUUCCUUCCAAUCAUCCUAGUUUGGGUGGUCCGUAUAGCAACAUCGGUAAUGUGUCUUACGCUACGGGUGAUUAUCCAAAAGCACUUUCAUCUCAUGAAAAGGCUCUUGCAAUUCAACAACAAUCACUUCCUUCCAAUCAUCCUAGUUUGGGUGCUUCCUAUAGCAACAUCGGUAAUGUGUCUUAUGCUAUGGGUGAUUAUUCAAAAGCACUUUUAUCUCAUGAAAAGGCUCUUGCAAUUCAACAACAAUCACUUCCUUCCGAUCAUCCCGAUCUGGGUGCUUCCUAUAAAAACAUCGGUACGGUGUAUGUGAAGAUGGAUAACUAUUCAAAAGCUCAUUCAUUUUUUGAACGUGCUGUACAAAAUGCAGAACAAUCAUUACCAACAAAUCAUCCUGAUCUUCUAAAAUUGAAAAGAAACCUCGAACGCAUAAAAAAGAAAUUAUAA